GUCUGUGGCUGCAGCUGGUCCUGGCUUCAUCGUCUCUUCUUCCUCGUCGCUUUUACGCUAUGCUUGUUCGGUGUCUGCUUGCCCUGUCUGCCAGCCUCAUCUCUGCAUCCUCUUCUAUUAACUCGGCCUUCUUGCCUAACCACUACCACUUCUUCGGUAUAUUCUCCUGAAGGCACCGCCUCCAACCGGGUUUUAUUUUGCCAAUCUCGCCAAUCGCCCUACAUACAGUCGUUGUCAGCGCCGGCUGACAUCUGUCCACUCCGUCCGGUCACCUGGAGCGAGUGCACGGCAACUGAGGGUCCUUCUUUGUUUGGGCAAUUUGGUAAUCCGGAGGCAGAGACGACUUUCUGUCUACGGCGAAACUCAUUGGGCCGAUCGGCGACAUUUCGAGGUGAUGCGGUGGAUACUGAAAUGGGUUCAGAUCGGAAGGAGGGGCCAAAGCGAACAACCGUUGAGAUUGAAGCAGAGAAGGAUUACGUUAAUUCAGAUGGUGAAGGCUGCUUUGUUGGAUCCACUCCAUUCUGGACCAAAGGACUGAUCAGUGAAGCGUUACUGCAUUUCUCGCAUCUCUGGCACAGCUUGAUGCCUACAUUGGCCGGUCUUUGUAUCCGAUUCAACAUUGUCCUGGUCAUUUCGAAUCUCAGUUGGUUCGGUUUGGGUGAGUCGAUUCAGCCACAUCGGCCUUGUUGCCAGAUUUGCACUGUCAACUGUACUGCAUCGAAGGAAAAAGUAAUUUUUAUUGAGUUUCUGCUUUUGGAUGUUGGUAACAAAGCAAAAUGUAGUGCAGCUGAUUCUGAAAAAAAACUCGCCUUAAUCGUCCUUACGAAUUGGGCACAAUUACUGUCUCAAAGUUGA